AAGAAGAGAAAGAAAAACUAACCCACAAAAUCAGUUCUUUAAUCGAUUCUCUCCACUAACUCAAAGCUAUUCCCUCUCUCCUCUGUAAUCUUAAUGACUUCUCACACUACAUUAUGCAUUGUCUUCCUCUCAUAAACUCUCCCUCAAACUCUCUCCUCCAUUGAUAAAAAAAAAAAAAACUCCAAAUUUAUCUGUCGCUCUUCUGGUAAGUGCAUAGAAACUAUGCCUGUUAUUACAGAGGCAUCUUCAGUGGGAGAACAAAUGAAAUGGAGGAGACCUAGAAGCCAAUUUUACCAACAAAUCUCAGAGAUGGAUCCUCCUAUUUCAGACCCGCAAAUCCCUUCCAUUAUCCAAUCCACUCGCUGCAAAUCCACAAUAUCUUCCCUCCUCCUCUCCACCUUCUCCACCACCAGCUCCACCACAACGGGCGAAACCACACCACCCACGAAUAGUACCAGCAAGAAGAAGAACAACUUUGCAUCAGCUAAGUUUAGGGGCCUGGGAUGCACGGCCUCGGCGUCGCAUCAGGUGUCGGUUCCGGCAGUGAUUCGGGACUCCGCUGAUUGGGAGGGCAAGAAGAGCAGGAAGAAAAAGAAAAAGAACAAGAGCAACAUCAUGGAAAAGGAGAGUAAUAAGAGCCAUCAGGGAGGAAUGGUUGAUGGGUCUAAUUCUAUAAAUUGUAUGGAUGCGCAAGAUGUUUGGUGUGGCCCCGGAAUUGGGUUUUCUGCGGAGGAUUGCGUGGUGGCGAGGAGGAAUGCAUCCUCUGGGAGAGGCAAGAUUGAUGGGGAGAAGAUGACUCAUAGGGAGCGGCCUUGUUUAUCAAGGCGAACAGUGAACCCUGAGCCUAUAUCGUUUUUGGAUUCUGACCCCGACUAUGUAUCUAGGCUCCCUGGACCAGAGGUAUUUGGAAGUAGGUAUUACCGCCAUGCUCGCCAUCCUUCUCCUGAGGGCCUUGCUGAGAUUAUGAUGCUCCAGAAUAGUCUACUAAUGGGAGGAAGAUUUGACAUGCACGAUCGAUAUAGAGACUGGAGACUCGAUGUAGAUAAUAUGUCAUAUGAGGAAUUGCUCGAGCUUGGUGAGAGAAUUGGUUAUGUGAGUACUGGAUUGAAAGAAGAGGAAAUAGGUCGCUGCCUCAGGAAAAUUAAGCACUCACUUAUGAAUGAUCUAUCACCGCAUGUGUCCAAGCAAGUAGAUAGGAAGUGCAGCAUUUGUCAGGAGGAAUAUGAAGCAGAUGAUGAGAUGGGCAAACUGGAUUGUGGACACAACUAUCAUAUACAAUGUAUAAAACAGUGGCUUGCACAGAAAAAAGCCUGCCCUGUCUGUAAGGCUGAAGUGCUAGCUUGAUUCUAAGAAUGGUGGCAGGCUCUUCGUGACCUCACUGCUGAUGGUUUUUGGACACUGCUUUCUUUUUGCUCCUUUUCAUCAUGUAUAGAUUUAAUUUCCUGCAAUAUAUGAUGAAGAAAUGAUUCUUUGGUGUGAAGCUUCAACCCUUGUUUGCUUGUUUUGAUAUGACUGGCCUUUCUGUGGCAAUCUGGCGGAUAUAUGUUAAUGAAAAUUAUCUGAAAUGAAUAGGAAUCAGUAACAUCAUAUGCUAUUGUUCUGAUA